AGCGGCUCAGAGCGCACAGCACUUCUGAGCUGUGACCGCGCAACGGUGCGUAGACAUCAGAGCGCAGAGAAACGGCUUCGCAUGGCACAUCUGUUUUCUCUGUAGUUGCCUCCUUAAUCAGAACCAAUUCGCCUCUAAGGAUUUCCGGAAACCCUGUUGUAUUUUUUUAGAAAUAGUCAAUAUCUGCUCGGUUGGUAGAGCGAUCUCAUCGUCUAAAGCAGAAGACAGAACAGAAUGAACAACAGAGAUCGCUGGAGAGUGUACAAAAGGGUGUGUGCCAUGUUCUUCCUGGCUGUGGUGGCGCUCACCGUUGUCCAGAGGGGCAGCAUCAACAUGGGGACUCCAUUUGAGUUGGAGCGGCUAGCUCGUAUGCACGCUUCCCAGGCAGAUGGAUCCAGAGCCCCUCCAGAGGAGGGACCUGGCUUGCACCUGGGGUUAAAGAGCUUCUGGAAGGCUGGCAGGCAGAAGCCAAAAGUCAAAGCCUGGGCUACCACACAGGAGCCUGGAGUUACCAACAACACCAGCCCCGGUAACUGGGACGUGACCAGCUCCAACUGCAGCGCCAACCUCAACCUGUCAAGCCAGGCUUGGUUCAGGGCGCUUGAGGACAACUUCAAGCAGUUCAUGCUUUAUCGCCACUGCCAUUUUUUCCCUAUGAUUCUCAACCACCCAGAGAAGUGCACAGGGGAGAUUUAUUUGCUCAUGGUGAUUAAAUCGGUGGCCACCCAGCAUGACCGCAGAGAAGUAAUACGAAAGACCUGGGGUAAGGAGCAGGUGGUCGACGGGAAGAGGAUAAAAACCUUGUUCCUGCUUGGUACGCCUUCAAAUGUUGAAGAAAGAGCUAAUCAUCAAAAACUUGUAGAGUAUGAGAACUAUAUAUAUGGAGAUCUUCUUCAGUGGGACUUCUUAGACAGUUUCUUCAAUCUGACACUUAAAGAGACUCAUUUUCUCAAGUGGUUCCACACCUACUGCCCCAGAGUACAGUAUGUCUUCAAGGGGGACGAUGAUGUCUUUGUAAGUGUGGAGAACAUUUUGGAGUUUCUAGAAGGCAGCAGCCAUGACAAGAACCUGUUUGUAGGGGAUGUGAUUUUCAAGGCUAAGCCCAUUCGUAAGAAGGAAAACAAAUAUUACAUUCCUCAUGCUCUCUAUAAUAAAACCUACUACCCUCCAUAUGCUGGAGGUGGGGGGUUUCUCAUGCAUGGGGUGCUUGCAAGGAGGCUUCACUGGGCCGCAGAGACCCUUGAGAUCUACCCCAUUGACGAUGUAUUCUUGGGUAUGUGCCUGGAAGUGCUGCAGGUCACUCCUGUAAAGCACAAUGCCUUCAAGACAUUUGGCUUAGUGAAAAACAAAAACAGUAAAAUGAACCGAGAGCCCUGUUUCUUCAAAAACAUGAUAGUAGUGCACAAGCUCCUCCCGUCGGACCUCAUGCACAUGUGGCAUCUGGUCAACAGUGAACUGAACUGCUCAAAGAAAGUGGAACUCCAAUCGCUCCGGGAGAGUUAAAGGCAAAACCCCGUAGCUGAACUUUACCACAGAGAGCACCAAAGGAAAAUGCUGCCAAAUGCAGCAAGCAACAAAGCAAACUUCCAAGUAAACUCUCCUUUAUGACUCUUUGGAGAGAGUCGAAGAGCGUUUUUAAUUUGUCAAGUAAAUUAUUGCAAUUUUUAAAAGUUCAUAAAAAAUUGUGGGUUUAUAUGUAUGUACUGAGAACUCUGUUAGCGUUCAAAUUCAGAGACAGUAUCUAUCACAAUCACAUUUUUAUUCUGAUAAUAUGCAGCUGCAGGCUCUGCUGCAAAUGUUCAAAAAUGGUCUCACUGUGCCACAAGCAAUGAUAGAUGACUUACUCCUCACCCUUUAUGUGGUCUGAACAACAAUUCUUCCACUGUCCUCUCUUUAGACUAUUACUAAUUAUAAACUUAAGUUUAUAAGUUUAGUUGCAUUAAGUUUCCAAAGCACACACUAUGCAAUAUCAAAACAUGUUUUACUGUAUUUGUUGCGACAUCAGAAAGCAGUUCAAAUCAAGUUUAUUUGCAUAGCACAUUUCAGCAACAACACACAGUUCAAAGUGCUUUACAUGACAAAAACAAAACGCCACGAGCAAAGAAAAAAGAAGCUUUAUGUUACUGCGGCAAAAUAAAGUGAAGUAAAAAGUUGCAGUGCAGACUAGGAUUAAUUUGCAUCCACUUAAUAAUCAAAGGCAACUCUAAACAAAUGCGGUUUUAGCUUUGCUUUAAAGCAACUUUGUUCAAGAGAAAAGUAUAACUGCAUUAUGUAUAAGUAAAAGACCGAAGUGUUUCAUUUGAAAUCAAGGUUGCUUCUGCUCCAGCAUGCAGCUUGAUGUCCUAAACUGCCUCCUUUUGGGUAAUAGAAGCUAAAUGCUGGAGUUUCAGAUGAACAAACAACUGCACUAAAACAACAAAACAGCUUGUUAACUUGCAUUAAUAAAUAUAGCUACUUGGACUUUCUUUCCAGGCAAAACAGUUAUGUUGUUAUAUGUUAUAAUACAGCUGAACUGGUUUAAUGUAAAGUAUUUCGUUUUUAUUCAGAGUUUUGUUUGAUUCAUUUAAACCAGGUCAAAUAAAACCCAAACAAUAUUUAUUUGAAAAGAAAAAAACUAAACUAAACUAAAAACAAUUUUAUGAAAAAUUAAUUUUAUCUGUAGUGGUGCGUUUCAUUUGUUACGGAAAUUUCAUCACACUUGAGUGUUUUCUAGUGGCAAGUUGGAAAACUGGUAGAAAUUAUUAGGUGGAUUGGUGCUAACUAUAGGCAGCGUAAGACAAAGCUAUGCAUUUCUCUCCACUAAAAGUGUUUAAAUAAUAAAGGAAUUUGUUUAGAGAUAUGGAUUUUACAGCACUAAGCGAUCUGUUUGUGUCUCCUUAAACACGGUCUGAGUGGCUUAAGGAGAGACAAACUAUCAAGAGUUGCUCAUAGAUUUUAUACUUGCAGCCUGACAUACAUGUAUCUGUGCUGCAGCUGUAUUUGUCGUAGAACUCUGGAUUAUGCAGCUACUUCCAACUUUUUUGAGUUGGAAUUAUGAGUUAUAUUGGGCACUCUUGUUUUUUUCCAACUGGGAACUCAGAAAAUCCAACUUCUGUGGACAAAGACAGCGCACCAUACGGGCAUACUUUGUGAUUAAUACUUAUAUCAGUCUUGUUAAAUGAAAACAGAUACAAACAUAAAAUUAAGAAAUGUGAAAGAAUAAAUUAUUUAACAAACCUAAACUCAAAUAAAUAUGUUUACUUAAGUUAGUGUACUGCGAGCCAAGGUUGUUUUUAGUUGUACCUGAUUUAAAGCAAAAACAAUGCUUUGAAAUUGGCCACUUUUUCAAUUGUUAUGUUAUUUACCCUAAAUAAUAUCUAAAUUGGAUAUAUAUAGCUGGAUUUACUUUGAAUAAAUGCAAUAUUUUGGAGAUCAUACUGAAAUACUUUUUAAAAAAAAUAAGUCAAAAAAUUUAAACAUUGUGUAACAUUAUGUAUGCUAUUCUGAAACUUCAGAAUUGCAGAAUUUUGAAAGAAAUCAGUUAAGCUGGAUAAACUACUAAAUUUGCUUUAAUUGGCUUUCAAAAAAAAUAUUUGUAUGUGUUUGAUUUAGGAACAACUCGAAUAAAUUAUUUAGUGAAGAGUCAUUCAACACAUUUAUGUUGUCAGACCAUAUUUUUAGUUACAUCAAUCAAACAUGUGUUAUAGAUGGGGUUUUUCAGUGUAUCAUAUUGAGGCAUAAUUUUUCAAUAUCACUGGCCACUUUUAGAAAUAAUAAAAUUGCUAUAAUAACACCUGGAUAACUUAAUUCAUUUCACUUGUUGCUUUGGAACAUGUCUGAUUUAAACUAGACAUCUACUGGAUACAUAUAACUUCAAAAAAACAUCUUUAAACCUGUUUCACUCAUUAAGUCUGUGGAUUUAAGUGCUGAUAUACUUGACAUAAAUUUAUGAAAGGGAGGUGACAAUAACACUGUGAAUUUCAAACUGUUGCUGGUACGAUUGCAUGGCACCUGUUGCCCCGCAGUAAAAAAAGGGGGCAAAUGUGGGAGUUCUUGAAUUUAUUUAAAUGUAAUAAUGUAAACUUCUGUAAUUACAACCCCAAGAGGCAGGGCUGUAGUGGGUGGUGAUUAAGACUAAGUAAUGUAAAUGUAUGUAAUAUUGACACAUGCGCACGUGUGUGUAUAUAUUUCUAUAUGCACACAUACAAUGUUUGUACAUGUGAUGUCAUCUGUAAAUAAACCUUUUCACAGUCUUAACAAUCAA